AGUGUAUUUCCAUCCUCACCCUUGCGAGAAAAGGCACGGAUACGAUCCAACAUACCUUCUAUCGGCGGACGAAACGAAGGGGGCCGUCAAGAGUGCCGAUGGCUCGCACUGGUGCGCUCUAUCUCCUCUCCUACAACUGCCUCCAGUCCCUCGGAUGGGCGCUCGCCCUCGCCAGGGUCCUCAGCAGCUACUUCUCCACCAAAUCUGUCAAUGGAGCCUACGCCUUCGCCGGAGACCUCAUCUGUUUUCUGCAGACGAUUUCGUUCGUCGAAGUCAUCCAUGCGGCUGCCGGCUUGGUUCCUAGUGGGGUUAUGCUUGCGCUGAUGCAGUGGGGAGGGAGGACCCAUUUCCUAUUGGCCAUUCUUCGCCAAAUUCCGGAGGUUCAAGGCCUCCCAUCAGUUUUCAUAACCUUUAUGUCUUGGAGCUUGACUGAGGUGAUAAGAUACCCACAUUAUGCUUUGAGUUGCAUUGGGAUUUCUCUAUCAUGGCUAACUUACCUCAGUGACAGAAAUGGCUGUAAGAUUGUGGAAGAGCAGAUAUGUAUGGCCACUAAGAGCAACUCAUACUUUGUAUUAAUAAGGUACACUGCUUUUAUCAUUCUGUACCCCAUUGGGAUAGCUCCAGGCGAAAUGUGGCUCAUGUACCAAGCACUUCCAUUCAUAAAGGAGAGGAACCUUUAUGCAGACUUCUUUGACAGGCUCUCAAUCAGCUACUACCAUUUUGUUUUGGCUGUGCUGAUAUGUUAUCCAGCUUUGUGGCUGAAGCUAUAUCUGCACUUAUUUAAACAACGGCGAUCCAGGUUGGGGAAGCAUCAAACUAAGAAAAAAGUUUGAACUGAUCAUGUGUUCAAUCACCAUCAAUAUUUGCUGGAGAUAAGAAAUUCAAUGUUGCGAAUGGUUUGGCAUAUUACCAACUGGUUUUACUGUUUAGGUUACCAAUGACUCCAGAUUAUCUAUUUCAUGCAUCAUCUUAAAAUGCUAAGAUCUAAAGAUCUGAUGUCUGUUUAGUUGCUUCAAUUUUAGUCUUUUUCUUGGUGAUGAAGAAACAUAAACUAAAGACCAGUGGAUUUUUCUUAAUACAUAUAUGACCUCUAUCCAUUUUUAUGAAACAA